CCUCCUCCUGCCGGGCGGGGCGAGGGUCGGCAGUCCCGGCGCGCUGCCGCCGCGUGGAGCCGCGCUGCGUGUUCCCGAUCCCAUAUCUCCGAUCCCAUACCCCCGAUCCCAUACCCCCGAUCCCAUACCCCCGAUCCCAUAUCCCAUACCCCCGCUCCCGGCUCGCUCCGCCGCCCCGAGCCGUGCCCCCGCUGCGGGCCGGCGGCGCGGCGAUGGGCGCGGGGCUGUGAGCGCGGCCGGGAGCCGUGGCCAUGGGGAACAUCUCCUCCAACAUCUCCGCCUUCCAGUCCCUGCACAUCGUCAUGCUGGGCCUGGACUCGGCGGGCAAGACCACGGUGCUCUACCGCCUCAAGUUCAACGAGUUCGUCAACACCGUGCCCACCAUCGGCUUCAACACGGAGAAGAUCCGGCUCAGCAACGGGACGGCCAAGGGCAUCAGCUGCCACUUCUGGGACGUGGGCGGCCAGGAGAAGCUGCGCCCGCUCUGGAAGUCCUACAGCCGCUGCACCGAUGGCAUCAUCUACGUGGUGGACUCAGUGGACGUGGACCGGCUGGAGGAAGCCAAAACGGAGCUGCACAAGGUGACCAAGUUCGCGGAGAACCAGGGCACGCCGCUGCUGGUCAUCGCCAACAAGCAGGACCUGCCCAAAUCGCUGCCGGUGGCCGAGAUCGAGAAGCAGCUGGCCCUCCACGAGCUGACCCCUUCCACCACCUACCACAUCCAGCCCGCCUGCGCCAUCAUCGGCGAGGGGCUGACGGAGGGCAUGGACAAGCUCUACGAGAUGAUCCUCAAGCGCAGGAAGUCCCUCAAGCAGAAGAAGAAGCGGUAGAAGCCCAGCCGAGGCGGGGAGGGAUGGGGGAGCAGACAAAGGAACCGAGGGGGAGACAGAACCAAAGCGAUUCUUUUGGGUUUAAUCGUUCUUUUUUUUAUUUUUUUUCCUCCCCCUCCUUCUUCAUUUUUUCCCCUCCUUCCCCAAAGGACAGACAAUAGUGGUGAUAACAAAGCGGCUCCCGCCAGCCGAGCCCAGAUCCCGGAGCUCCCCUCUCCCUCCGCCCCGUGCUCCUGAGGGUCUGAUCUGGACUCCUUUGGGCUGGAAACACGGAAAACCGGGAUGAAUCUCCCCGGGAUGAAUCCCCCGGGGAUGAAUCCCCCCUCUGCAUCUCCGGGACCACCGAGCCUUUGUGUGCCGGGGAACCAGCAGGGCAGGACCCUGUUGAAGCGCGUUCGAGCGGAGCCCAGCGUGCUUUUGGAUCUCUAACGGGGGCAUUUGGGGGUGUGAUGCCAGCCCCCCACAUGCAUUUUGGGGCGGGGGGUGCGGAUGAACCGCGGCUCGGCAAGGUCAGCGGGGAGGGGGCUUGCAGCCCUCAUCCCUGCAUCCCCGCAUCCCCGGAUCCCUCCCCCGCGGGUGGCGGUGGGAAGGGGUGUUGAAAGCUUGGACGGGGGGGUUGGACCAGCAGAAAAUGUCUUGGAGGGGUGGGUGUGAUGGGUAAGGGGACAUCCACCCACCCUGGCUGGUGUUUUAGGGUGCAGAGCAAGGACGGGCAGCCUUUGGCUUGGGGGGGAGGAUGCGACACUGGGGUGGUGCUGAGCAGCUGCUGAAUGGUGCAGAGCUUGAAGCUCUUGGCUCAAAAAAAAGGAUGAAAAAAGGAAAAAGAAUACCCGAGGGUUUGGGGUGAACGCUGCUGGGAGCGUUGGGGUGGUUGUGCAGGACCCCCAUUUCUCAGAGGGUCGGCAGUGUCACCUUCUGCAGCAAAGCCCCCCGCAGGUGUGCAUUGUCCCCGUGCUCAGGGUGCUCCCAGGUGCGGCUUUGGAGGUGAUCCAACCCGGGGGUUGCUUAGCAGAACCCCCCCAAAAAGGCAGAGUUGGGGGUUCUGCCCACUGUGCUGCUCUGCAGUGGGGCAGGAGGCCAAAUCAGGGAGGGUCACGGCAGGGCACGAUGGAUGGAUGGACAGACAGAGACGGCCAGAGCCUGCAAAAAAAUCUCUGCUGGGAAGGGAAGAUGGCAGGGGGUGAAGAGGCAUGGGGGGGUUGUGGGAGGUUUCUAAUAAAGAUUUGAACCCGAUUUAGAGCCCCUUGCUUCCCCCAGUAGCCACAGGGGCAAGCUGUGCCUGCAGAGCACCUGGCCAGGGCCGGGCCCGGCCGCCUCCUCCUGCAGGUGAACAUUUUAUACCUCCACAGGGCUGGGCACCAAAAUCCACUUGCUGCCUGUGGUUCAGCCUGGAUCUGGCUGUCCGGGGUCCUGGCUUCCCACAGAGCUGAAGCAGGCAGCCCUUGGGGGCUAAAUGUGCUGAAUUUGGAGGCAGGCAGGAUUUUCUGGUGAUUUUACACCACCUUUCCUGUUUGCAAACCCCUUCCCAGAGCAGCCAAGGGGAAAGCACCAAGCAGAAAAAAGCCCCUUGGGUUUCGGGGAGUUGAUCCUCCCCUUGCAGUGACGAGCACCUUCCAAACAGCAUUUUCGGGGGGUAGGGGGGUUUGUUAGGGAACAAAUGUUGCAGCUGAGUUGUUUCUUCUCCUCUGGCGGGGUUUGAGUUCCCGAUCUGUGUGGGCUGGUCCCAUCCCUUCAGGUGGCUCUCUUCCCGCUCCCUCGGGUUUCCCUGCUUUGUCUUCACCUCCAACACUUUGGUACUUGCUGUCGAGAGAGAGAGAGAGAGAGAGAGAGAGAGAGAGAGAGAGAGAGAGAGAGAGAGAGAGAGAAAAGAAUUAUUUAUUUUUGAUGCCACAGAAGCCACAUGUAUUUAACCCAUUUUUGGCAGAAAUGUAGAAGCUGCGUUGACCCCAGCAGCUCCAGGGCGAGCAGGUUGUAGGAAUGACACAUGUUGGUGGUGGGCUUUUUUACCUCCUGGUUUAGCAGAUGCAAAGGCUGUUUUUAUGGAGCUGGCUCCUUCCUGGGAGCCUGUCCCACCCAGCUCAGCAUCCCCUUGGAGAGAUGGCAGAGGGCUGGGAGGGUCGGGUGGGACGCUGUGCCCGUGCCCUUGCCAGCCACUCUGCUUUCUGCAAUAAUUAAAAAAGACUUUUCCAACGAGCAGCUCCUGGCUUCCGUGGUGUUUCCGUCACGUUCCACCCGCUUUCCCCCCGUGUGAAGGUGAGCGUCGCCCUCGGUGGGCUGCAAGAAUUGGGGCCCCAGCAGGGCAGCCCCCAAGGGAACUGUCUGGGCUCUUUGCAAGGCCGUGCCUCCUCUCAGACUGUGGAUGACCUGGGUUUUUUGGCAGGUCUCACUCCCCCAGGUCCAUUCCCCGUGUUCCCAUCCAUGAGUCGCCAUUGUCCGUCAGUCUCUGUUCCUCCUGUCCUCCCUUUUUUCUUUUUCUGUUUCUUUUUUUUUUUUUAAGAUGCAGACAUAACGCUGUGAACUGAAAUAAAUUAUUUAUACAAUGAAAGGGCCUGAUAAAAAAAAAAAAAGCAACAAAAACCAACUGAAA